AUGACUUUUGAUUCGAAAGAAGAACGAUAUUUCUAUUACAAUAGUUUAGCCAUUUUAUUAAAAGCUGUAGAAAAUGAACGCACGACAAUAGAUCUUCGAAACGAAGCUUCAGUUUACGGAACUAUAGAGCACGCAGAUGCUUACAUGAAUAUUGUAAUGAGAGAUUGCGUCUUCACAGAUCCUAGAGGGCAUUCAUACAGUUACACCAUGUUCUUUGUGCAAGCAAGAAAUAUUCGUUUCGUUCAUAUUCCACCAAAAAGUAUUUUGAGAUACAACACUAGUGAUAAAUUAAAAUUUUUCACACAUUUUCGAAUUCCUACAAAUUUGAAAUAUUUUAAUACAACAGCAUCAAUUACUCCAUCAACACAAGUUAACAUGAGUGUAUUUAAGUUCCUUGAUUACGACUGUAUUGGAUUUGACUUGGACAAUACGCUUUUGCAUUAUAAUGUGACAAACAUGGUACAUUUGAUAUAUGAAACUGUAGCUAAUUAUUUAGUAACAGAAAGAGGUUAUGACUCUAAAUAUUUAUUAAAACCAUUAGAAGAUAAAGACAUAGACUUUAUUCAGAAAGGAUUAUUCUUAGAUUUUGAAAGAGGAAAUAUACUUAAAAUAAAUGCUAAUGGUAUAAUUCAAAGAGCAUGUCAUGGAACUAAUUUAUUAAGUAUUGAAAAGAUUAAAGAGAUAUAUCCUGAACAGAGAUGGGAGGCUACAGAUGCUUUUUGUAAUGACAUGUUAUCUACAUGGAAUGGUCCUUUAUCAAUGAAAAUGAGAAGUUUAUUAGAUUAUUUUGAUAUCUCCUCAUCUCUUAUUUUUGCAAGGUUAAUAGAUGCGUUUGAUAAAGAACAAGGAGGCCCUCUUGAUGAAUAUAAUAUUUGGCCUGAUAUGCUAGAUGGAUUGAUUGAAAUGUUUAACAGAGAUCAUUUUAAGAUAGAUAAAGGCCACUUUUUUCCUAGUCUCAGAGAGAAUCCUGAUAAAUAUAUGUAUAAGUGUUCUGCAAGAACUAUUACUUGGCUUCAAGAAUUGAAAAAACAUUGUAUUACUUUCCUUAUUACGGGAUCAAAUGUAGAUUUUGCUGAUUUCACUGCUACUUAUGCUCUUGGAGAAGAUUGGAAAUCUCUAUUUGAUAUUAUUAUUUGUUAUGCAAAAAAACCUGCUUUCUUUACUGAAAAACGUCCAUUUUUUAAUAUUGUAAAUAAAGAAGAAGGUAAUAUCAUAGAAAGCAAAGAUUUAAAACGAGGUGGUAUAUAUAGCCAAGGUAAUUGGAAAGAACUUACUGAAUUUCUUGAAAAUAUAUCUGGGAGACAAAAUCCUCGUUAUUUGUACGUAGGUGAUAAUCUUUUGCAAGAUAUUUAUGUACCAAAUUCAUAUGUACAAUGUGAUACAGUGGCUAUAAUCGAGGAACAAAUGUCUGAAGGAAUGGUUCACCAAAAAUUAUCACAUCCAGAUGAGAAAGUAUUAAAUUCAACACUUUGGGGCUCAUAUUUUUGUUUAAAAGAUUCUAAAGUUAAUAUGAACUCAUUAUGGGGACAUGUUAUUAAAAAAUAUUCAAAACUUUGCAUACCUGAAAUAGAUUUAAUAGCUCAACAGCCAUUAGAAAAAUCUUAUUUGUGCUUCAACGAAGAAAAAUAUAAUGGAUAUUAUCCUGCAGUACCACUUACUAUCAAGGAACAGUUGCAACGUUUGGUAGGGCACAAGAGAGAUUUAACACGUACUAAACGUACAUUUAAAACAAAACGUGCUGAGCAAAAGCAACAAGAGGGACUAGCAGCAGUGGAGAAAAUUUUAGAAAAUAGAAAAAAGAGAGACCAAAGAUUGAAUGAAAAUAAAACUGAUUAA